UAAAUUGCGUUCUGUAUAUUUCUAAAAAAAAUGAAACGCAAAACAUUUGCUAAAUGUUUUGCUCUAUCCUGUGUGUAUUUGGUAAGUAGUUUAUACUUUUUAGAAGACAGUCCUUUAUUCUCGAGUACAAAACGCCCCGGUAAGAUACUAUCAACCAAUACAAAAUCGAAUUUGUCAACAAAUUUAAGUUUUGUUUGUCAAAACUUUGUGUAUGAUGUUUCAGAAUGGACAUUAAAGAUUUUAGCAUCUAAUAAAACUUUUUCAGAAAAUAAUAAAACUCAAAAUGAACUUGAAUGCAAAAAUGAAGUAAACAAGUUGAUAAACGGCAACAGAGUUAAGCGUAUAAUACACAAUAACGGUUCAGUUGAAAAUCACGGUUGUACAAAAAAAACACCGCAAUGUAGAGAGAAAGCUUUUUUUAAUUUUAAAUUGAUGAAAAGAAUAAACACUCCUCCUUGUUGUAGAGAGAAGGUUUUAAAGAUUUUGUACCAUUUUACAAAUAAACUUAAGCUGUUGCAUGUGUCCCACAUGUUAGCCUUUGGAUCUGUGUUAGGAUGGGCUCGAAAUGGAAAAAUGAUUCCUUACGAUAAUGAUAUUGAUCUUAUAAUUGAUAAGACAUUUUGGAAUACAACAUUAUUUUUUGAUGUUUUAAAAAUAUUAGAAAUAAAACAUGGACACAGAACAUUCUUUGCCGACAAAGGCCUAAAAUUAACAAUAAGAUUUAGCAAAAUCAAUGGAAACACUAUUGAUGUUUGGCCAUUUGAAAUAAAAAAACAUGAAGAGAUUGUUGCGGUUGAAGUACCACAUAAUGAUUGGAUAAAACAACCUUUAGAAAAUCUUUUCCCGGAACAGUAUGUGAAUUUCGAUAAUAUAAUGACUUUUAUACCACGAGAUCCUGAAAGAUAUUUAAAUAUUUUGUAUAAAGAUUGGAAAAGUGAACUCGAUUGCUCAUACAUAGUAAACAACAAAUGCAGCAAAAAGAAUAUUCGAUCAAAAAGCAAAUUAGUAAAGUUUAUAAUAUUUUAUGGGUUAUUAUGUUGUACAAUUUUUUUUUUAAUAGUUUUUUUUAUUAUAUUAUAGUUAUAUCAUAUAGUUUAAAACUAAUAAAAUGAGAUUAAACAAAUUAAUUAUUAAAAAAUAACAAAAAAACCAUUUGAAAUUAUGCAUGUUAAUUUUGUAAUUAUGCAAUUGAACUUUAUAGU